ACUUAAUUGACAAGCUUGAACAUUAAGCACAAUAAGCUAACUAUUAUAAUAACAUGUAUAGAAGUAAACAACUCAGUGAAAAGUAAACCAUGCUAUUUUUCGGAACUAAAUAUUUUGUAUCUUAAAGCCAUAGUGAUUUUCUCAUAAUGAGUAAUAACUUGUUUGUAUUUGCGACACAAUGCAAUAAAGACCUACUUUCGUCACGAGUUCUUUAUAAUUUCGUCAUGCUGCGAACAUAAUGAUGAUAACCUUGUUAUCAGAAUUGAAUUCUCCCGCCGAUUUGACCGGCCUUGGUAUUGUUAUUUGUUAGGUUAUGUUCACUUCAGUGUCAGCUGUAUGCGGCUAUCGACGUAAUUAUCAAGAUACUAGUGAAUCAAAUUCUUAAUAAAUAACUGUGAAAAUGUUUUCUAUUGACGCCCCCGUGGAAAUACAAAAUUCAGAAUAUUGUAAUUAUCGGUCACCAUUGAGCACCAGAUAUGCCUCAAAAGAAAUGCAGUACAAUUUUAGUGACCAGAAAAAGUUUUCGACCUGGAGGAAGUUAUGGAUCUAUCUGGCAAAAGCUGAACAGGAACUGGGUCUCGACAUCAGCGACGCUCAAAUCGCUGAGCUAGAAGCUGCCAUCCACGACAUCGACUUCGAAUCAGCAGCAGCCCACGAGAAGAAGGUCCGUCAUGACGUCAUGGCCCAUGUCCACACCCUCGCCGAGAGGUGUCCGAGGGCUGCUCCUAUCAUACAUCUUGGAGCUACAUCCUGCUACGUCGGAGACAACACGGAUCUGAUCGUGCUGAAGCAUGGACUGGACUUGUUGCUGCCGAGGCUUGCUGCCAUCAUCAGUCAGUUGGCAAAAUUCGCUGAUCAGUACAAAUCACUGCCCAUGCUUGGCUUCACCCAUCUCCAGCCGGCUCAGCUGACGACUGUCGGCAAGCGAGCCUCUCUGUGGCUCAGCGACUUGUUGAUGGAUGAGCGCGCCCUCUCCCGGGCAAGGGACGACCUUCGCUUCCGCGGAGUCAAGGGAACCACAGGUACCCAAGCCUCUUUCCUACAACUAUUUAAAGGAGACGGCGAGAAAGUUAGAGCUCUAGACCGCAGGGUCGCCGAACUUGCCGGCUUUGAUAAACGCUACCUGGUUACCGCAACAUACUCCAGGAAAGUGGACUUGGAAGUAAUUUCUGCCUUAUCGGGGCUUGGAGCGACCGUACAUAAGAUGUGCUCAGACAUUCGUCUGCUAGCGUCGCGCAAGGAAAUGGAGGAGCCUUUCGAAGCCUCCCAGAUUGGUUCAAGCGCUAUGCCAUACAAGAGGAACCCGAUGCGUUCCGAACGCUGCUGCGCGCUUGCUCGUCACCUCAUCACUCUACACGCUAAUGCUGCUAACACCCACGCAGUUCAGUGGCUCGAGCGCACUCUGGAUGACUCCGCCAACCGUCGUCUUACCCUCGCCGAGGGCUUCCUCACAGCUGAUGCUACUUUAUUGACUCUACUAAACGUUUGCCAAGGGUUAGUCGUCUACCCGAAAGUUAUCGAGCGUCACAUCGCUCAGGAGCUACCAUUCAUGGCUACGGAAAAUAUUAUCAUGGCCAUGGUUCAGGCUGGUGGUGAUCGUCAGAUUUGCCACGAAAAGAUCAGAGUGCUGUCUCAUGAAGCGGGCGCUCAAGUGAAGCAGCAUGGAAAGGAUAACGAUCUGAUCGAUCGUGUGAAAGACAGCUACUUUGCUCCUAUCAUUUCUCAACUAGACAAGAUUCUGGAUGCAUCUACUUUCAUCGGCAGAGCUCCGGAACAAGUCACUGAGUUUAUUGCCGAGGAGGUGACUCCUAUUAUCGCUAAGUACAAACAGACUUUGGCUGAAGUUGAGAAGCCUGUUGCUUUGAAUAUUUAAAUUGACGCAAUUUAUUAUUAUGUUUUUAGCUUUGACAUGUAUUAAAAUAUCUUGAAUUGAAAA